UUUUUAUUCUAAUUUGCAUUAUGCUACCUUUUAAGUAUUUAUUAUUAUUAUUUUUUUAUACGUCAUGCCUAAACUUACAUAAUCGUAAUCGAAAAAAUUGAUGUCCAGAAAUUUUGAAGUAUAAAUAUUUUCUUUAGGAAAUUAUAAGGCUAAGCUGAUUUAAAUCGAAUAAAAAUGAAAAGUGUCAUCUUCCUUCUCAGCUUCUUGUUCAGCUUAAGUGUAAGUUGGUCACAGUCUCCCACACCAACUCCUGCACCAUCUCCUCCGACACCAGCUGAAACAUCUUGGAAUGUAACUGAGGGAAAUAUAACAUGCAUUAAAGCAGAUUUUAAAAUAAGAUUUAAAAUAUCUGUUGGAAAUGAAACUAGAUAUUUAGUCCUACCUCCUACUGCUGACUCAAGCAGAAGCAGCUGUGAUGUUUCUAACGUAACUCAGAUCCUUUCAUUACGUAGUGAAAAUGAAUUCGACUUGGUUUUCACCUUUGAAAAAGACUCGGAGAAAACAUAUGUUAAAAAUGUGACUUUGGAACUUCUUUCACCUGAAGAGCCUGGAUCUUUCUAUAACGACUCAAAGUUGUUUUCAGUCCAAAAUGAUUAUUCUUACUGGUGCAAGAGUUUGACUUCAGUUCCCAUGCAAAAUGCAACUAUGGAAAUUUUUGAAAUGCACAUCCAAGCUUUUGGUGGUACGGGCAAGGACUUUGCUAUAGCUGAAAGAUGUCCUGCUGAUGACACCAUUAGUGAUAUUGUACCUAUUGUUGUAGCCUGUGCUCUUGCUGCUUUGAUUAUAGUUGUACUGAUUGCCUAUCUGAUUGGGCGUCGUCGAAGUCGUCAAAAGGGUUACAACUCAGUUUAAAGUUCAUUAAACUGAAGUAAAACGGACAAGCUACUAAAACUAAUAUACCAACCUCGUAGGUCUCAAUUAAAUUUUUUUUAAUCGUUUUCUUAUUCAGGUUCCUUUUGUGUAGAUUUCAAUUUAUCUGAAAUUUACCAAUCUACUAUCAUAUUAACCUCCUUUGAAUAUAUUUUUAGAAUUUUAUUGGAUAGUUUGUUACUUUUAACUUAUUAACAAGGUUUAAAUAUUUUUUGUAUGUUUUUAACGUGAGGAAUACCUUUUUAACAAAAAUUACUUAUAUAUUAAUCUGCAUAGAAUUGUAGUUUAUGAAUAUCAUGCAAAUCUAAAGAGCUUUUGCUGUAAAAAUUAAAGUGUUCUGUAUAUAACAUAGUUUUUGAACUCUGUAAGAUUAUCACAAAUUAGACUUAUGUGAUAUUGUAAAUAUCCUGGAAAUAAGUAUGUAUCAUUUAUUUUUAUAAUACUUAUCUGUAAAACUUGUUUAUUUGCUUCAAUAAAAAAAUUUCUUUUUUA